AUGGCGGACGGGCCCGUCGGCUACCUAGUUAUCAACGUGCUCGAGUCCGCGGGACAUGACAGCGACGACCAGCAAGUUUGGGAGCCCGACUUCAAGUCGGGCUAUGCCCGAGUGGAGAUUCGCGGUGGCGCCAAGACGAUCAAGAAAUUCACUAGCACGCAAUCGGUAGCAGACAAUGGCAUCACUUGGGUGGAGCAGCUAACACUCGAGGUGCUGGAGGGGGCCAGCGAGCUGCGCAUCAUGCUGUGCCGGCCCAAGGAGGUGGGGGAGGGCGGGCGCAGCUCCUCCUCCAUCGUGGCGGCCUGCGGCAUCUACAUGAAGGACAUCCUGGAGGCGGCACCCGUGGACAAGUACUUUGAGCUGUACAAGCCAGGCGGCGGCUCAGCGGGCGGCUUCAUUCGUGUGGCCAUCUCCUUUUUGGAGCCCGACCAAGUGCGCAACGGCGACCUUGUGGGCUCGGGCGUGGAGGGCGGCAGGGGCCAGAAGAAGAAGGGCGGCAUCCUGGGCCUGCUGCUGAAGCUGGGCGUGCUUGCGGCGGGUGCGGCGGCUGUGUACACGGUGCUGGACAAGCAGGGCGUCAUUGGCAAGAAGAAGGAGGAGCCGUUGGCGCCUGCCAAGAAGAAGAAGUGA